AUGGAUGUCCUGCCUCCGCCAGAUUACCCUCCUAUCAAGCCGAGCGAGUACCCUCAAAUUCCAACUCGAACGCCACCCGCGACCCUUGACAAAUUGCAUGCUUUUUGCGUCAGUGGUGAUAUCCAGAAAUUCCGGGAGGUUCUUGACUCACCAAGUUCUUCGUCGGAGGGUUUUGACAUAUGUGACUUCUAUGCGAUAAUGAUCGAAGCCAUCAAACGAGAUGAUGCGCAGUUCAUCAAAGAGCUGCUUGAUCGCGGCUUGCCCAUGGAUCCACUCUAUGCAUUAGAAGCCAUAAAAGUAAAGGGGAAGGAUGCUCUGAAAGUUUUCCUUCAAAAUGGGUGGGAUAUCAAUCAGCCAGUGAGUGAGCUUAAACCUCCCGUACUAGGCUAUGCUAUUGCAGAUGAGGAGAUGGCAGCUUGGCUCCUUGAUCAUGGAGCUGAUCCCAAUCGUCAAUGCGUUAUUGAUCUCACCCCAUUCUCCUUUGCUGUCGAAAGCGCCUCCAUUUCUGUGAUCCACCUCAUUCUCAGUCGUGGCGGAAAUGUUCAAAAAGGCCAGCUCCUUCAUCAUGCAAUUGAACGGCAGUCAGAUACCAUCGAGGUAUUAAAGACUUCUCAUUGA